GCUCCUCAGUCUGCUCCUCCCACUGUGACCGUGCAGGCCUUCAGCUCCACAGAGGAGCAGCUGUCCUCCUCUGUCCUCGCCUGUGUGUGGUGGUGGUGGUGCAGCAGGGCUGGGGCCUCCUCUCUGUGCCCGCAUCCGACCCUCCCAGCGCGGCCACGUUAGUCUCCUCCCACCGUGAGCAGGCUGAUGAGGAGGAGCAGACUCCGGUCAGUCGGCUGCUGCUACCCCGGCAGUCAUCGAGGAGCGACCGCGCCUGCAGGGACCGACGGGGAGCAGGAGGAGCAGGAGGAGCAGGAUCAACAUUUAAGAGGUGUCCCUGAUGGUCGCAGCAGUUACAGUGACAUGGACAGCAGAAGUAACUCCACACCCUGCAGAGCGAACACAGGAGCCUCUCCUGAACUGCAGAGCAGAAAAUGACUCAGAGAAAUGGAAUCAGAGGGACGAGUGACCGCUGCCUCCGCUCAGAGGCCUCCACUGACCUCGAGCUGGCCAACGGCAUGGAGAAAGUCCAAGAGGCCAACGACUGUGAAUCUGAGGAGGGGGGGCAGGGAGGUGAAUGCAGAGACUCUGUGGGUGUAACGGGAGCAGUCACAGCUCCAGAUGGCGGUUGGGGGUGGGUGGUGCUGGCUGCCACCAUCAUGGUCUUGGCUCUGACCCUGGCGUUCCCGUCCUGUGUGGGAAUCUUCUACACCGACCUGCAGAAUGAGUUCCACGCCUCCAACAGCGAGACCUCCUGGGUGCCCUCCAUCAUGACGUCAGUGCUUCAUGCCGGAGGUCCCUUCUGCAGCGUGCUGGUGGAGAGACUCGGUUGCCGGGCGACGGUCAUGUUGGGCGGCGUCCUGAGUGGGCUUGGAAUGGCUGCCAGCUCGUUCACCCAGUCCAUCGUACAGCUCUACAUCACAGCUGGGGUUAUUACAGGACUUGGUUUCUGCUUCAGCUUCCAGCCGGCGGUGACAAUCCUCGGUCACUACUUUGUGCGUCGUCGUGCGUUUGCCAACGCGAUGUCCUCCACAGGCACAGCCCUGGGACUGUGCACUCUGCCUUUCCUGGGUAACUACCUCCACACAGAGCUGGGCUGGAGGGGAAGUUUCCUCGUUCUGGGGGCCAUCCUGCUGAACUGCUGCGUGUGCGGAGCGGUGAUGAGGCCCCUGCAGCCCCCCAAGCAUCGAGGCCAGCCGCUGAUGAAUCAGGGACCCCCUCUGCCUGAGGAGGAAGAUGUGAGGAAGGAAAAAGGCAGAAUGAGAAGGAUAUGGAGCUUUGUGGUGGCGUCCCUGAGCAAACACAUGGCCUUCGAUCAGUUCUGCUACAACUCACGAUACUGUGUGUACGCCAUAGGCAUCACGUGGAUGAUGCUCGGGUUUGUGGUGCCCUUGGUGUACCUGGUGCCCUACGCCACGGCUAACAACAUGGAGCAGAGCCGGGCCGCGCUGCUGCUCUCCAUCCUGGGUAUGGUUAACAUCGUGGUCCGGCCGCCGUUCGGCAUCAUCCUCAGCAUGCCGUGGUUCAAAGGGCGACACAUUUACGUGUUUGCCUCUGCUUUGCUGGUCAACGGGCUCAGUAACAGUAUCUGCUGCAUCGGGCCCACCUUCCCCGUGCUGCUGACCUAUGUGACGGUCUACGGGCUGUCCAUGAGCGUGGUGGGUUCCCUGAUGUUCACUGUCCUCAUGGAUAUCGUGGAGAUGAGCCGCUUCCCCUCUGCCCUGGGCCUGCUCGCUAUCAUGGAGAGCAUCACGCUGCUCAUUGGGCCUCCACUGGCAGGAGUCCUGGUGGACAGGACAGGUCAGUACUUCCACGUCUUCUUUGCCUGCAGUGCCGUAGUUGCCUCUGCUGCCGUGUUCCUCAUGGUGUCGUUUUGCUGGCUGGAUAAACGGGACAGGAAGCUGUCGAAGCAGGGUCAGCAAUCUGCAUUGCCCGAACCAGCCAAACCCUCUGUUGACUUAGCGUCCGGCUGCCAGUACAGCAGCGUGCCAACAGAGGGAGACAAAGACAAGGCCUCGUCUAACGGGGCAGAGUACAUCACCAGCCUCUGAACCUGCUCUCACCGUGUGCCACCUCUAACACACAUCACACUCUGGCCCAGACAGGUCUGCAGAUUGUUUUCUAAUGUUUGCACCAGCUUUGUUUGGCGCACCAGAUGUUGCAACCGCUCUGCCGCCUGGGGCGCCAUAAAGUCAGAACAAACACUAUGAAUGAUGUGCACUGUGGCCAAAGUUAGACACUUGAUCCUACAUACCAAAAUGAACAGACGUGCACUUACAACUACAAUGUGAUUGUACUAUUUAUUGCAAAAAGCUGCUGUGAUCACACAAUCUAUCAUAUAUGAUGUAUCUCACUGUAUCAAGCCAAGUUACCCAAGAAAUCACUCCGAAUGCUUUCUACAUGUUUAAAGGAGCUGUGUGUGACAUUCAGAGCAUUAAUAUAGCAGCAGACAGCUACAGUGCAGUGAUGGUACCUGAGCAGAGAGUGAUGCAAACUGUAGAUCUGUUUAGUGUUUCUGCUGCAGACUUUACUCUUACAUGUAGGUGGCGCUGUUAUCACUCACGGCUCUGUGAAGCUCUCGCUGUAUUUCUUCUUCACUGGUGUUGCAGAGAGACGUCUGGACCUCAUUUAUUAUCCAGUGGAAUCAACAUUUCAGAACAAAAACGACAGGCUGCAGGGAGAGACUCUUUUGACAGGACAUUUAAAAAUAGCAGCUUUAUGCAUUGAGUCCCUGUUGAGCAGAAUGCAGCAGUGUGCUGCCGGAGUCGACCACAGCGACCACGUUUUCUCUGAUUAAAUUUAGUGACAUUUUCAGUUAAAUUCAUCCGUAACUUUGUUUGUUGUGUUUUGUCUCUUUUUUGGCAACUGAAUUACAUCAAGUGUGAGAGCAGGGAGGUGGAGACAGAGUAAAUCAAUAACUUUAUUAGCAUGAUCUCAGUAUUUCAUUUCAAACCUGACUGAGCCGCACUCGACUCGCCGGUUUGAGCAGGGUCAGGCUGUAGUUUUAUCAAAUGUACACAGGCUUUGAUCGAGUCGGGUUUGCACCAAACUCCCUCUUUUCUUCACACAGACCUUAAAGUUAUGCAAUAUUCUCAUCAACCCAUUUUAACUAACGACAAUGUUGAGAUUUAGAUUUAGGUUAGAAGGCACAUGUCAGAGGUCAUUUCACAAAUGUCUCUUCAGGUCCAGACACACCAGAAACUUCAGGCCCGCUGCUGCGUCACCUGAUACUGCCGCGUCUCGGCCAAAAACAUUGCACAUGAACACACCGCUCAGACUCCAGCACGCAUGCUCUGCACCUGCGUGAAAGCAACAGAUUUCCACUCCAGCAGACGGCGGUUGUCUACGAUCCUCAUUCAGAGAGGGACGCUGGAAGGUGGUCCUGAUGCUAGUUAGCCAGUUAGCACAUUAACAACACAAACAAUGUUGGAAGAACAAAAUACAUUUUCUGUGCACCAGUGAACAAUUACACAAACCAUCAGGAAAUGUUUUACCAUCUUACAUUAACAUCUGACCUGAUGGAACAAGUUUGUGUCGGUCUCUCUGCAAAUCAGAGCGGUUUCAUUCACUGACAGGCUCCGUUGUCGCUGACGCCGAUUCACCAUGUUGAAUCAAAUGUUAAAUCGGCCAAAAAGAACUACUGCAAGGGGCUGACGAGGGACAGCGGUGUGGGACACACUGCACUGACGGCAGGUACACACCUGGUGGCAGGUGCUCACCAACGGCCCAACCGUCGGCUCGGCGUGUCACGAACUUUACUGCACUGACAAGACUUCAGUUCACUUUAGCAAGUGAUAAAUGCUUUUUUAAAACCUUUAUUUCAGGAUUUCCAAUAUAAACACUCAGUACCUCGUUUUAACAGCACAGGCACAAAUAUCUUCACAGGUAGAAAAACAAAAAACUUUAUUAUUAAAAUAAAACCAUUACACUUUCACUACCCUGGAGAUACUUGAGUACAGGGUUUCACAUUCUGACAAAUAUUUGAAUCUUAUUCUUAUAAAUGCUUUGAUAUCUAUAUUCAUGUUUUUUUAACUGUUGAAAUGUGGGAUUAAAUCAGUCAUGGUUCAGGCUCAGGUCAGGCUUUGAUAGAAACUCUGGUGCUUCAUGUAGAGUCGGGCCGGAUCCUAAAUAUGCUCUGAAUGUCACUUACAGCUCCCUUAAUGUUGAGCACACACACACACACACACACACACACACACACACACACACACAGAGUGAGGAGGUACUGUGCAGCCACACAGGACACCAGGUGGAGGUGAUGACAAAAAACAAGCAAACUGAGCAGUAAACAAACGGAUGGAAUCAAAGUGACGGUUUUAACACAGUAGAGUCAGAAGCUGCUUCAGCAGCAUUUAAAGGAUAAGUCUGGUGUUACUGUCAACAAACAAACCAACAGUGUGUUUCAUGGUUGUCACAUAUUUUUCAACAAAUCUUCAGAACUUUUCCAUAAUAUUUGACCUCAUUUCCAUGACUGUAAGUACGUUAACACAGGUUAGCAGUCAUAGUGUUCACUGGUGCUGUAAUGUAGCCUGGACACACUGGUGGAGUCCCUGUGUGUCUGCAGUAGAUACAAAGCAGUAACGUGAUGUGGCCUAGCUGAGGCAGGCAUGAAAUAUGUGCUGCUGCUGGCAGUCUGUCUGCAGCGGCCUUUUGGCUGUCGAGAUGCUUCUUCCCUUCAGCUGGCUGCAGAGCCGCCUCCCCCUCGUUACCAGUGUCAAAGGUUUUGGUGCAGAGCUUCAUCCAGUCUGCCUCCAUCUUACGCCAUGUGUUAUAUCUAUCAUUCAGAAGACAUACACUAUUAAACAUGCACCUCCCAAACAUUUGCAGAUAAAACACUAGGCCUAGACAUUCCCAACGCCGACUAGCUGCAUACAUGAUUAUCACAUGAUAGUAGUGAUGUUUCCAUGGUCACACAGCGCAGCACUAGACUUUAAGUUAAACAAGGAGUGCACUUUGUGUCAUAUCAGACAUGUUUUUGGAUUUUAUUAACAUUUUGAACAAUAGCCAAAAACAUGUACAUUCAGAACUUGCCCUAAACAUUCUUUAAAUCAGCGGCUCCCAGCUGGUGGGUCACGGGUCCAUUCUGAAAGUGACUCGCCAACGUGUCAAGUUUGUAAGAAAAACACACUUUAUUCUGAAGUACAGUCAGUCCUGACAUCACUCGCAGAGAUCCAAGGGGAGAGGAGGUAGCAACACAACUCCACCUAAUGGAGGCUGACGGCGCCCCAGAUUCAAACGUCCAAAAACACAUAAUUGAAACCACAAAAUAUCCACGUGUGUGCGCUUGCAUGAGGCUGUGAGACAUGGGCACCACCUUCAUGUGUGUUCACGUGCUUUCCUGGUCUCGCGUGCAAGUGCACACACGUGAACGCGGUGCCCAGAGAGGCAGUCAGAGCUACAGGCUACAAUGAGGCUAAAAACAGAGUUCAAAUGAGGUUUUUCCAAACAACUUUUUAUGUCGGGGCUUCAGGACACUUGGAUCACUACGGACGAGCAGUAUGGAGAUAUUUUGUGGUUUCAAUUAUGUGUUUUUGGACGUUUGAAUCUGGGGCGCCGUCAGCCUCCAUUAGGUGGAGUUGUGUUGCUACCUCCUCUCCCCUUGGAUCUCUGCAAGUGAUGUGAGGACUCUAAAACUUCACCUGAGCCUCCCUCGGCAUAUGGGUGAGUAGAUAAUGGCUGAAUUUUCAUUUUUGGGUGCACUAUCCCUUUAAAUUCACACUUGUUUGCAUGUCGGCAUUGUCCCAUCAGAGGACUGCACAUGGCACUUUCAUCUCAUUGUGUCCGGCCUGAUCAUCAGAAUGAACUCCUGUUUCAUUUUUCAGCCUUUACAUAGUUUGUCGGUCCAGUGUGUGUCACAGUGCGCUCCCACACGUGGACUGAAUAUUUUUAAACGCACCACUCGCAUCAUCUUCCUCCAUUGUCUAAAACAAGCCAACAGAACUUGCUAGGUAGCCCCAGCUAAUGCCUGAGAGUUGCUAAGCCCCGCCCACCAUAAAACCAUCAUACUGUUUGCUAACAUUAAAAUGACCUGUGCUGGGUGCCACAUAUCAAACAGCAUUACUGUGCUGGAGUAUUACCAGAUCCAGGCUCACACUGUUUAAUUAACUGGUGUUAAGUGUUUAAUAUCUCCAGACUUAUCCUUUAAACAUCAGCAGCUGACGGUUUGCUGCAGUCGGCCUGUGAUCAGCCACAGCAGGAUCUUUACAGUAGGAUUAACCCUCUCCUGUGCUGUGAGGACACGUUACACCAUGUUGAUGACUGAAUCUGUCA